AUGGCGAAGUCGAAGAACCACACCGCUCACAACCAGUCCUACAAGGCUCACAAGAAUGGCAUCAAAAAGCCAAAGAGGCAUCGCCACACUUCCACCAAAGGGAUGGAUCCCAAGUUCUUGAGGAACCAGAGGUACGCCAGGAAGCAUAACAAGAAGAGCGGUGAAACAGCCACUGAAGAAGAGUAA